UCCCAUUGCUUGUUUGUUUAUAGCUGUUUUUCACUAUUCUGGAGGGGGUUAAAAAGGAACCCUCUUUGCCCACUUUCUCUUUCCAUUAGAACAUUUCGUCCUUCUACAAGCUCAUAACAACAAUUCACUCAGGAGAAAAUCUUAACUAGAUGGCAAAUGUGGUGGAAUUGAAGGUGGGUUUGCACUGUGAUGAAUGUAUCAAGAAGAUUUUGAAGGCCAUCAAGAAAAUUCAAGAUAUUGAAACAUAUAAUGUUGAUACACAGCUGAACAAGGUGACUGUAACUGGUAAUGUUACAACUGAAGAAGUCAUUAAAGUAAUUCACAAGAUUGGAAAGACAGCAAGCACAUGGGAAGCAGAACAAACAUGUUAAAAAUAAACAUCUCCAUUUUUAUAUAUGCCUCGGUUAGCAAUUAAAUCAUCAUAACAAAAUAAUAGUUCCUAGUUUAUGGCCUUUAAUUAUUUCUUUGUAUUAUAUCUUUCUUUUCUAAUUCUGAGGGUUUUUCCAUACAAUUUCACUGCCAUUCCCUCUUCAAUUUUGCAAUCCUACUUUCUGGAAUUAUAUAAUAAUAUUUUAUUUAUAUAUUUAUAAACUUAUAUUAAUAA